UUUAGCUACUGGUCGCUGUUGGCUGGAGCUGCUGUACAACCUGUUUGUUGAUCGGUCUAUGUGGCUUAUUAACACCUCGAGUCUCUUAUAAAGCGGGUUGGUAACUCAGGGAGGUUUUACUCGUCGUCGGGAGGAGACAGGUCGCCUUUUGACAGCAGACACAACAUCACGAGGGGAAUGUCGGAAGCUUGUAUUUGGCGUCGGAAUGAAACGGAGGUUUUCUAAUAUAGCUUGUUAGCUAGCCGCGUCGCGUUCAGGGUACACAGCCUUUUUUGUUCUGAUCGCGGACAGCCUCUGCAUGACAAAUUAUCACCAUUACAGAGUACAGAUACACCCUUAAAACAGCGGCUUUUUUGUUGAAGAAGGUGUUAAGAAGAGACCCCGGUUGUCAGUCCCAGCCCGGGGCUUAACCCCCGGUCACCGAGAGAAUUAAUGGCCGGAAAUCCGAGGAGGGGCGCCGGUCUGAUCGGCUUGAUGAAGGACGCCUUUCAGCCACACCAGCAGCCUCUCCAGCCUCACCAACCCGCUGUGGUCGAUAAGAAAAUGGUGGAGAAGUGCUGGAAACUCAUGGAUAAGGUAGUGCGUUUGUGUCAGAACCCCAAGGUGGCUUUGAAGAACAGUCCACCCUACAUCCUGGAUCUGCUGCCGGAUACCUACCAGCACUUACGGACCAUCUUGUCCAGAUACGAGGGCAAAAUGGAGAUCCUCGGGGAAAACGAGUAUUUUCGUGUGGUCGUUGAGAACUUAACCAACAAGACUAAACAGACCAUGAGCCUUUUUAAGGAGGCCAAGGAGAGGAUGUACGAGGAGAACUCCCAGCCCAGGCGAAACCUCACCAAGCUGUCUCUGAUCUUCAGUCACAUGCUGGCGGAGCUGAAAGCCAUCUUCCCCAACGGCUUGUUUCAGGGCGACAACUUCAGAAUAACCAAAGCUGACGCGGCUGAAUUUUGGAGGAGGUCAUUUGGGGACAAGACCAUCGUGCCAUGGAGGACAUUUCGUCAGGCUCUCCACGAGUUUCACCCCAUCAGUUCAGGUCUGGAGGCCAUGGCACUCAAAUCCACCAUCGACCUCACCUGCAACGACUACAUCUCCGUUUUUGAGUUUGACAUCUUUACCCGGCUCUUCCAGCCGUGGUCGUCUCUUUUGAGGAACUGGAACAGUCUGGCAGUCACACAUCCUGGUUACAUGGCCUUCUUAACCUACGACGAGGUCAAGGCUCGGCUGCACAGGUUUAUCCACAAACCUGGCAGCUACAUCUUCAGGCUGAGCUGCACUCGGCUGGGACAGUGGGCCAUCGGCUACGUGACGGGUGAUGGGAACAUCCUGCAGACCAUCCCCCAUAACAAACCACUCUUCCAGGCUCUGAUCGAUGGAUAUAGAGAGGGAUUCUAUCUUUUCCCAGACGGCCGCACACAAAACCCAGACCUGACAGGCUUGUGUGAACCAUCUCCGCAGGACCACAUCAAAGUUACUCAGGAGCAGUAUGAGCUGUAUUGUGAGAUGGGCUCCACCUUCCAGCUUUGUAAGAUCUGUGCAGAGAAUGACAAGGAUGUGAAGAUCGAACCCUGCAGACACCUGAUGUGCACUUCCUGCCUGACUGCCUGGCAGGAGUCGGAGGGUCAAGGCUGCCCAUUUUGCCGCUGUGAGAUUAAAGGAACAGAACCCAUCGUUGUCGACCCCUUCCACCCAAAGGCUAGUGGGGGUUCUUUCGCUGGCUUCCAGGGGUGCAGCAGAGCAGAAGCUGCUGGCAACGAAGAGGACGAGGACGAUCGGCUGGAAGACCAGCACCUUGUCAUGAGCAGGUUGGCAUGCCACAAGGUCGAACGUCCAGCAUCUCCAGUGUCUCAGCUACCUCCAGUGCCUCCACGUCUGGACCUCCUGCAGCAGAGAUCCUCCAGCUCCCAUACUGCACUGGGUCAGGGAGCCACAGCCAAGAUUGCAGCCACUCACAGAGACAAGCCUCUACCUCCUCCCCCAGCCCUGAGAGAACUGCCCCCUCCUCCCCCUCCUGAACGGCCCUCCUUGGUCGGCCAGGACUCCAGACUGCAGAGGAGACCCCUACCCUCCACCCCUGACCAGCCUGCGUGGGCUGCCAACUACAUGGUCCCUCGUCCUGCGACAAAGGCUCCAUCAGUCCUGUCCUCCACCCCUCAGAGUAAUGGAACCAAUGGGGAGGGGCCCAAACCCCACGCAGCUACCAAUGCUGUGUACUGCCUGGCUGCAAGGCCGCUGCCAGCAUCAGUGAUGGCGUGUGGGGAAAAGCCAUCAUCAGACUUGGACGAGAAUGAGUAUAUGAGUCCCACCUCCCUUCCCAUCUCCGGUGCUCCCUGGGUCAUAACCGGCUCCUUGGUUCCCCCUCCACCAUCACAGGCAAACAACCACAAUGAUGUCAGCGAGUUGGGUGACAGUGACUCAGAGGACCCCCAAGUUUACGAAUCUAUGUGUAACAUCCAGAGUCAGGCUGGUUCCUCUGAGACGACGCAAGCCUCAGACCUCGACCACCCUUCACAUUCAGCUGUGGUUUCUCAGGACAAAAACGAAGACGCCAGUGUGGAGGAUGUUUACGAGUACGACUGUCCCCGGCCGGUCGUACCUCCUGCCCCCACCAGAAGAACUUUAUCAGAAAUCAGCUGUCCUUCAGCAGCCUUCAGCAUGCUCUGUGUGGACGCUUCAGUAGAAAGCAGUCUGUUUGCAUCCAGCUCGGAACCCGAACGACCCCCCAAACCACUCCCACGCCGCUCUAACUCCGACAGACGAACCCAGCCAUUCAGCCGUGAGCUUCACACUUCAUUGCCGGACCUCCCCGGUCCCUCCUCAGCUUCUCCUCCUCCUCCUCCUCCUCCUCCUCCUCCUCCUGUCCCUGGAAGCCUGGCCCUGAACGGGGAGAUUGAAUGCCUGAUGUCUCAGGGCUACUCCAUCCAGGACAUCCAGAAAGCCUUGAUGAUCGCCCAGAACAACCUGGAGACGGCUAAGAACAUCCUGCGCGAGUUUGUCUCCAUCCCCUCCACGGCACACAUCGCAACAUAGUCCCUCCUGUCCUGCUCGUCCUCUGUCUCUGUGCCAUUUACCGUGAAUAGCAUUUACCAAGCACUUUCCUGCAGGGCCGCAUGGAUGUGCCAGAAGGUUUUACUUUGGUGGGUAAUGCUGCGUUCAUGUUGGAUCAGAAAACAAACAUCCAAAGUCAAGUAUUAUUUGUUUUUCUAAAUGGAUUAUUUUCAUUAUGUUGGACUGUUCAAGCCAAUGCCAAGUGCUGGCACUAAAGCCUCAAAAUUACUCGGAAUCUCCUCUUGGAUAAGGAAACCUCCAGCAGGACCACAUGGAUGUCUGUGUCCAUCAGUGGGAUCUUCUCAUUAAGCUCCAUAUGAUAUGAACGCAGCAUGCACAAAGACUGGAGGCCUUUAAAGCCUGGUGUCUGCAGCCGGACCGCGACCCAGCAGCAACAGCUCUCCUCGCUCGGCUCUCAUCCUCUCAUUCAACUAAAUGUUGAAGCAAAGCCGUUCUGCAGAGGGUUUUCCUGCACAAUCCCGUCUUCAGAUCUGGUGUUUUAUAGGCUGCUUUGCUAAACGUGGUGUACAAAUGUGUAGCAAUGCAAGUUUUGGGUGGAUGAUGAGCACAAAAUCGGAGGCGUGCCUGUGCUGAUGAAUGUGGACGUUCAUUCGCGGGUUUCUAGGGCUUCGCCAUGUCUGCAGUACUUUGACAAGUAGAGUUUAACACCCACAACGGUUCUGUGACGGAAAACCUUCAAUGUUUGAAAUGCUCUCAUAACAUGUGCUGUGUUGUGCUAACAGUAGCUAAACUUCAGCUUUUUUUUCCAUCAUUAACUCCAUUUAUCAGUGCAUGCUGGGAAAACCUGGGGAUAGUCUGAACUCUUAGAUCAGAACUUUCUGAGCAGGACUUCGGAGAGAUAUGAUCCUUAUCCCCUCCAGAAACAAUACUGCUCUAUCAUCCAUAAGGACGUCAACAUGAGACAGAAAAUAGAUCCAUUCCUGGUUUUAGUGUCAGGCUUCUCAUCCGUGCUUCAUGUUAAAAACACAGGAAAUGAAAGUUCCCAUUUCUCAUAGUCUUAAACUUUUCUGUCACUUUAUCUAGUUUUUAAACAAGUGUCUCUUUCAGUUUCCUAAAACCCUGAAAAAAAAAAGAUUGUAACUCUUUCAGAUUAACAUGGAAGUCUCCCUCUAAUUUUCCAAAACUAAUCUACCUCACUGGCUCCCAAGUCUCUAAACAGAUUAAACUCACCCAGAUCAAAGUCCCCCAGAAAGUUCUGGAUGUGUCCACACAUUAAAACACCACCUGGAGCCUGAAAACCAGACCGCCCGAUCCUCGUCUCCCAGAGACAACCAGCGCCACGUGUUUCCCCACAAAAACCAACAUUAGAUCCAGCAGCCACUAAUGCAUCAGAUAUUAUUUCCUCUCAUUAAAAAAGGAAAAUAAACAGGCUUGGAUCAGAUGCCACAGUCCAAACUGGUUUCAGAUCUCUGAAGGGUGCCAUGUGGUAUUCCCUCAGUAAUAAACUUAAUUAAAACAAACACACAGAGAUCAUUAACUCGUAAUUUUAUUAUGAUUUCUGUGCGUUUACAAUUAGCUGUGGUUCCCUGAGCUCAGUCUGGUCCUGUUCUGGACCCGGUCCCGGCCGACUGACGCUGCUUCGCAAAAUGUGGUCCAGGACCCGUUAAAAACCCAGGGUAGUUCGUUUAUCUGCAGACAAUCUAUAAUUUCAAGUUCAUAAUUCAGGUGUUCAAUUAUUCAUUUGCUGUUUAUUUGUUUUUCCCUUCAGCCCAACCAGCAGUUCCCACCCAAAGCCGAAUGAAAGGCCAGUUUCCCCCAGUGGCGGACGCUUUUCCAGUUUAGCCUUCUGCAGGUUGCAGAGGUUCAUUUAGUCUUUACACAAGUUUACUUCCAGUUAGAGGGGAAGAAGUUAAGAGAAACUUUUCAUUUACUCAAGUUAAAGUCUUUAAAGCACCAUUACGCAAUCAGAACGGGAUAACCAUGUAUUUUGUUUUCUGCUCCUCCACCAACACACAACAAAUUCCUGUCUGAUUCCCAGCUGAUUUGAACUUGCUGGACUAAAGACAGAAAUGAUCUGCUUUACUUUGUUUUUUCCUUUUUCUUUUAUUAUAAAUAGGCUAAAUAAAGAUUUUCCGUUUACUUUGUUGGGAACUUCCCUGGGGACGUCGGCAUGGAUUCCUCAGUCACUGUCCAACGCUGGUGUCUGUUCCAUUAUGUCCAUCUUGUGCAGAUGGACAAUCUACAGAAUCACCAUCUCUAAACUCGGCCGUCACAGCAACAACAACUGAAAUCAGUCUUCAUCCUGGGAAAAUUGUUCAUGGUGCAGAAUUAUGAAAUAAUGGGCCAUUUUUGUCCAGUUCGUUUAAAAAGCCACUUUAAAAGCAGUAAAGGGACAAAUCUAUGUCUUUAAAAUGUCCAACCUUCACUCUGUUAUAGCCUUAAACCUGUAAAAUGUUCUAUCAUCAAACAUCUGACUGAGCUGAGCUCACGACUCUCACUGUACAUCAUUUUAGUUGCUUCGGUCCACUCUGAAAAGAAAGAUUACAGGUACCAGACCUGUGACCCUGAGACCUCCAGCUACAGAUGAAUGAGAGGUCUGGGUCAGGUCUCCUUUUAAACAGAACUAAAAGUUUAAUUGAAUCCACCUAGAUUUAUCCAGGGUAACCACAAUCUGAACACCAGAACGACUCUGCGUCGGAUCAGCUGAUCUGAAGCCAGAACAACUCGGAUCUGAUUUAAAAUCGACAUUUUAAGAAUAAAGUGUGGCACCAUCUAGUGGACAGAAAGUGUAAAUGCAGCUACUAUAAGAGCUUAUUUUGUGAGUUUGAGUUGGUAAAUUGUCGCUGUCAGCAUGUUUUCCGCUUCCACCAGUAAAAAAAGUGCAUUAAAUCCAGUAAAACUGGUUUCUGAGCUUUUCCAGGGGACAUGUGUUGCUCCUGUUUUGCUGGAUCACUGAAACCUGCAGCUCGACUCGCCACAUGAACCACAAGCGUGUUUGAAGCUGCUGGUCUUCACGUUGCUCCAGAACAGACGAGGUCUAACAGAUUAAAGUUGCUCAUGCUGAAUCGCCGGCGAGUCGCUUGUCGUGUUAACUGGCCUUUUCUACAACUUGCCUACUAAAAAGUCGUUGCUUUGUUGUUGCCUGUGUAGAUAUGAUUUUAUUUAUUGUCUUUUUAAUAUCCUCUGCAUUCAUUGUGCUGCCAUGUUUUCAUGCCUAAGCCAUUAAGAUUUUUAAUUAAACUGUAUUUUCUUUAACACUU